AUGGAAGGAAACAUGAAUCAUUAUCAAAAUCCUUACGUCCUUGAACAUUCGACAACUCAAAAUUGGUACGAUAACGUACCCAUGGCAACAACGGAUUACAGUAAAUACAAGACUGAUAAAAUUGAAGAAUAUCAAUACUACCUAAACAACCCGAAUAAUAAUCAUCAUUAUCAUCAUAAUCAGGCGGAAAUAUACAAUGGCGGAAUAACGACAGAAAAAUUAAAACAAAAUUAUUUUUUACAACAACAAAAUUUCGAUUACGAAAAAAAAAUACAAAAAGAAAAAUUUAUGUACGAGGGUGGAUUUUUUUUCCACCACCAUCCGAAUGAUAACAAACAAAAUUUUAUCCAGUCAUCUAAAAAUGUUUAUCAUCAUGAUUAUUAUCACAAAUUUCGUAACAAACUAGAUAAUGAUUCGGACGCCAUUAUUAAAUUUAACGACAGCAAUGAUAAUAAUAAAGAUUUUGAAAAUUUUUUCCCAAUACAAGAAAAUGAUAAAAAUAAUUUUGUUGAUAACAACGCGCAAAAAAUACACAACAUUUGUGAUAAUAAUUACGGUGAAUCUAAUUUUUUAGUUGGAAAUGAUGAAGUAAAAAGAGUCAGGAUGAAACUGGAGGGAAAAGAACUCGACAAUCGUAUUCCAGACGACAGACGCUGGAACUGGAACAGGAAUUUCAUUCGAAUAGAUAUUUAA